GAAAAAGUGGUGUGUGCAAAUUCUUUUGUAGUACAAGAAAGAAGAUACAAUUUCAGUCUUAAUUAUGCGGGUGGGCUUAGUGACGAAAGUCCCAAUCUCGCAAGGAUUGGAUUUCGGGGCCAAUCCAAUUCCAGCCCGGGAGAGGAAAUCUUCUGUGUGAUUCUCUGCGUAUGGCUGUUCUGCAAACCACCCUGCUCCGUCAUGGCAUCGCCAGCUUCAUCCCCAUCUCUGCGCUUCAUAACCCAUCAGUGUCACCUCUGCCGAGCCACCCUCACAACCCUUUGAAGAAAACCCAGCAACCCUUCAACUCACCCUUCGCCACCAACCCUCCAUUUUCACUCUCCACGCAGCCCAGAAGGUUGCUGUGCAGACCCCACUCCGGCAAGUAUCUCGCCGACGAUUAUCUUGUGAAGAAGUACUCAGCAAAGGAGAUUCAAUUGCUUGUAAAGGGGGAGAGAAAGCUACCCCUUUUAAUUGAUUUCUUUGCGGCGUGGUGCGGCCCCUGCAUUUUGAUGGCUCAAGAACUCGAAAUGCUUGCUGUGGAGUACGAGAAUAAGUUGUUGAUUGUAAAGGUUGAUACAGAUGAGGAGUAUGAAUUUGCACACGACAUGCAGGUUCGAGGGUUGCCAACAUUGUUUUUCAUCAGUCCAGACUCUAAUAAAGAUGCAAUCCGAACUGAAGGGCUCAUCCCUAUUCAGAUGAUGCGGGAUAUAAUCAACAAUGACAUGUGAAGGAAUCUGGGGACGGGGGAUGUUGUUACCUAUAUUGCUGGAUGACCUGAGUUGCUGAUGGUACAAGCCUCUCCUGAUUAACUUGAGGUUUGUUUUAUCCUUGUGUAACUUAAGAUUCUAACUGAAAUUCUGCAGCAGGGUUAAACAAUUUUGUAGCACAUAUGAUGUGAAUAUUUAGGAUAUGUUGAUAUGUCCACUGAGAAGCAUCUUGCUAUUUCAGUUCAAUGCAUUCAACUAUUAAGCUUGGGUACCUAACUUUGCCCCACACACCAUUAAGCUGAAUGACAACAGAGUCCAUGAAGCCUAGUUCAUGUAAGCCAAAAGAACAUUGUUGUGCUUGGCGUACCAAAACCUGUGGCACCUCAUUAAGCUCAGCGCAGCUGAACCCACAGCAUUCCAUUUCUUGUGCAUGUAAGUUUGGCGCACGUUAUUAAGCCCUGUGCAUGUAAGCUCAACUCACUAGGUUUGGUGGAUGUAUGCACGUCGGUUGUCAUCGUGUCUAGGCCCAAUGCAUUUACCUGUUGGUGCAUCAACUCAGUCACUAAAGCAAAAAUGUCGGGGUCAAUCUCGAGCUUCUUCAUGCGCACAACUAAUUAGUGCCCCUUGGCCAGGCAUCAGAAAAGUUCUCCAGGGGUUAUAUUUUUAGCAUGACAGUAGGUAAUGACAACGUCUAUGGAGUGUUGCAACUUGCCCCCAUAAUGGACCUGGACUACAAACUUCGUUUCUUUUUGGGUUCUCAAUGGAAUGAAUCAUGAAAGGAGACUGAGAAGCAAAGCAACAGUAGAUUAGGCGAUCCCCUGUCAAGUGAAAAUCCAGAUGGUCUAAUUAACUUGCAGUGAGCUUUGUUUGCUCCAAGUUCUACAAUAAACUUAACACAAAAAUUGGCUUUAUGGGGCUGCUUAGUGUUAUUUAUGUUUUCUGCUAUUUGUUUCGUUUCUAAACAGUGAAGAAACGGAUCAUGACAAUGUGCUCGUUGAUAGUGAUAGUUCUCUAUUUCUGUCAGAUUUUAGCAAAAAUUGUCAAAUUUUAUGUUUUUUGACC